CCACCAUUUCAGUUGUCGCAGAGAGCUCAUUCAAACUACAUACUCGCAGAGCAUCAGCCAGCGUCUGGAUCGUUACUUGGUCCCGAUAAUCAAAAGAAUAGCAUUUAAAUUUUAAAUCUGAAGAAAAUGUCUCUUGCGGCGCGUUGGGCUCGUAGGAAGCUAACAGUGAUCGUCGUUUUCUCGGUUGUCCUGUACUAUCUGCUUUCGUCAUCGUACAGCAAGUAUCAAAUCGACACCAUCAUCCAUCGCACCAAACCGGAAGCCGUCUGGGAAUAUGUGGCCGAUUUUAGCAAAAUGAAGAAACUCAAUCCCACCAUCUUGGAUUUCAACGUUAUUGCUGAUCACGGCAAUUUGGAGCACUGGAAGUAUUCGGUUGAGUACACCGAGCGACUGUCUCACUGGCCCUACUCGAAGAAUGUCGCCGUAGGGCACUAUUCCGUUCGCAAACUGCCGGAAGCCGAAGGUGGCCAGUAUGUGGUGGCGUCCACGCAUAGGACGUGUUUCUUGCUGGGGCUGUUUUGCUUAAACUCGAAAGGCGAGUUCAAAAUCUCGUACCUCAACGAGGAGGACACAUUCUGCCAGGAGACGGUACACUACCAGUGUCCGUUCUUGUUCGGACGCUUCUGCCGGCGGGAGGUCGAAUUCCAGCGAACAGCCAUAAUGGCCAAUCUGAACCGGCAUUUCAACAAGCAGCACCACCAGUAAUGAGACGAGAGGGCU